UCCAAGUUGCAGGUUUUGGUGAUGAUGGAGAGGCUGCAUUGCUCUAUUGAGAUGGAGCCCAGGACCUUGAACCAAGGACAGCUAAGCCAUGCUAGAGAAGAAGCAGUAAAAGUUGUUCAAAAGAAAGACCCCAAUGAAGCCCUCAACAUAUUCACUGAGGGCAUGAAGCCGAUUGUUUCAAUUGAAAGUAUGAAGAAUGAGAUUGAGAGGAAAGUAGAAAUAAUGAAACUCAUUGAGAAGAUGGAAGGUCCGGAUGGUAUUAAGAGGUCAUGGAACGAACCCCCUGGCAGUUGUUGCUCAGAUCACUCCCCAGAAGACAGUAAAAUUGUCGAGCCCUUAACCGCUCCCUUCUAAAAUACAGUAAGCAGAAAAUGAUCAUCAUCGUACCAUGUGUGUGUGAGCAGGUUUGUUGCACAUGGGCACACACACGUGAUUAAGGCAUUUUCAGCAGAAUCCUUGUAACUUGCAUUUUCGCAUUAAAAUUUAGCAUUUGAAUUAUGGUCUAUGUCACCUUUUGUACUAUACACCAGGAGUAGAUUUGUGUGUGUGCGCAUGUGUGUGUAUUUUGUACUUGUGUAUGAACAUAAAGGCAUGUAAACUAAUGUUCAGCAAGAACCUCGUAUUUUGCAUUUUUAUGGACAC